AUGCACACAAUGGCCUCCAUCGACGACCCCAACUGCCCAUUCUGCAACAUCGCGGCAAACUACGCACCUUAUGCACCCGCUUCACCCCCGUCGUCCCCGCUCGCCGACGAUUCCCCCAUCUCACCCACCAAGACAGCGCCGGAGACGCACAUCGUCCUGUCGACGCCAACGGUCAUGGCGUUUUUGGACAUCAUGCCGCUGCAGCCCUUCCACAUCCUGCUCUGCCCGCGGAGCCACCGGCCGAGGCUAACCAACGUGUCGCGGGACGAGGCGGCGGAGAUGGGCCAGUGGCUGGCGGUGCUAUCGCACGCGGUGGUCAAGGUUACGGGGUCGCCCGACUGGAACGUGGGGCAGAGGGAGGAGCUGGAUGAUGAUGAGGGGAGGGGUAUGGCGGAGUUGUUGAGGGAGGCGGUGGCGGAGCUUAUGAGGGAGGAGGAGGAAGUACAAGAAAACGAGGGAAAGGGGGAGGAUGAGGAUUCACAUGUUGAGCAGGCCUUGCCGAAGAGAGAAGCAAAUAAGGACUCGAAGCUCUAG